AUGAGACUCCGCCUUGAAGAUGAGCUUUCUAGGCCGUUUGCAUUGUACCUGGAUGCAAAAGAAUCUGCAGGCGAAUCUGCAGGCGAGUUUUCGUUCUUCCUAUUUUUCAGAAAUUCUCGAACCUCGCUCUUUUCUGGUGGCUCCCCUGGCAAAGUUCCGCAUGAGGUAUUUGUCGUAGUCGCGGAUGAUCUUGGUGAUGAUAUCACUGGUGCUGAUUCCUUCGGUUCUCUGGGUGGCCAGAAACAUGCCUGCCUGCUUCAUCGGCUUGUAGAUGUCGUCGAUCCCCUGUGCUUCGUACGGAAGAUCAUCGUGCGCACAGAAAUCGAUCUUGUGUUUUCUCAGAAAAUCAAUCGUCAGGAUCCACGGUGCGUCCUCGAUCACCUCAUCCACCCACUUGCAGUGUCUCAACGUCUCGUACCGCUGCUUGUCGCUUAG